CCCGGCCCGGCAUCGGUUCUAAUUGGGCCUGACAUCUUAAUCUCUGACCCUUCCUACUCAUAUCUCACUCUCUCUUUCUAUUAUCUCUCUAUCUAUCGGCUGUACAGAGCGGAAGAGAUGGAACCGCCGGCCACCGCAGUAAAACGCUCCUCCAGACGCCUUCUCUUUGACCGCCGUUACGGCUGGGUGGUCGACGAAUGGAAAGACCCAUCGGAGGAAGCUCUCGCCGGCGGCCGAGGAAUGUUUUGUGUAGUUCCAUUGGGGAAAGCUCUGUUUCAGACCGCUUCACAAUCAAUUAACUCCGCCGUCGAAUUUCUGAAUAUGAAGCUUCACAAAUGGGAAAAUCCUAUGCGCAACCCUAAGUCUAGUAGUGGAGAUGGAGAAUCAGUGGCUGAAACGUGA